AUGCAGCGCUCUCCACAAGAUGCACGUCCCGCCCAGGACCCUUCUCCGAUAAUCACCAACAGGAGAAGGGUGAAAAAGUCGCGUGGCGGCUGUCGUCGAUGUAAAACAAGACAUAUCAAAUGCGAUGAAGCCAAACCUUCUUGCUUACGAUGCGUCAGCAAAGGCAAGGAAUGCCCAGGAUAUGGCCUCAAUGUGCGCUUCUCUUCCAAGCAUGAGCGACAUAGCCCUUCUGCUUCGCGGAAGCAGGAUCCCACCGAUGAUCUGGAAAGCGGUUUGCUGUGGCAGGAAGGGGUGCAACUGCAGCAAAGCGAGAGGGUUAAUCCCAGAGAAACGGAUUUCUCUCUGCCAUCGCCCAUUGACUUGGUUACAGAUGCUUCGAGUGUAGAAGAGUCACCUGCCACGAAAUCGCUGGAAAGUUUAGGUUCGCUUGCGGCCAUGCAAUCCUGGGAAAUAUCACCAUCUCUGCCAUCCUCAACGUCGUCAAUCUCUUCUUCCUCCUCCUCUUUUUCUUCAGCGUCAUCUCUAGGUUCACCAGAAUUGCGGGUGAUCCCUGUACAAGAUUGGAAUCUCAAGACCCCGAUAGACCUCCCGGUUAUCCCUCGUACUGCUCAGCCUAUCCAUGGACCUACUUUCUUGCUCGAAUACUGGUUCAGUCGCAUUUGUCCAGUGUUCUCGGCCUUCGACUCUGCCUCCAACCCUUUUCGGAGGUAUAUUGACGAAUCCUGGCAGUACUCACCUGUUAUCUAUCACGCAAUGCGGAGCAUGGCAGCCAGUUACCUCGAGACUCGUGAGACUCGGCUACCAGGCUCUACAUCGGUAGCGGUUCAAGCUAGGGGCGAGGCGACUCGGGCUCUCCGCUAUGGUAUUGGGCAAAUUGAACGUUCACAGAAGAACCACGGUUUCGCCAGCGCUUUGACCAUGGCAUGUUUCAUGCUAGGUUUAAGCAGCGCAUGGCAUGCGGCGGGUGACCUGGGCCUUGUGUAUUUGGAAACGGCAAGGGCCUUGAUCAAACGAGCGUCGGCACUACCGAGACAAACCCCCGGUGAUGAAGCCAUAUACGCCUUUUGCCGAGAGGGACUUGUGUACUGGGAGAUGAUAGCUGCCGUGGUUGAAGACAAGGAACUUGCACCGGAAGAGGAGUCCCCCAUCAAUUCAGGAUAUAAAGCCUUUCCGGCAUCCUUUCCCCCGUCGCAACCUACAGAUGGCAGCCCUCGGCAAUUGCCUCACCCUUUCACUGGAGCUGCAGGGCCGGCACAGCGACUGGUGACACAGGUCUUGGUACUAACGCGCCGCCAACGGCUGAUGCUGCGCAGCCAGCGCUUCAACCGGCAACACGAGCUUGAACAGGCUCUCGCCGACGUCUGCCAUGCCUACAAUUUGGAAGCAGAGCUGCUCACCCUGGAGAUCCCCACCGUCGACACCGUCGAGGACACGUUAGACGCCCACAGCCCGAACUGGCACUUCAUUCGGAUUUCCGAGGCGUACCGGACCGCGGGCCUGCUCCAGCUCUACCGGACCUUCCCGGACCUCGCCCAGAGACGCCUGGCUGCGUUCGAAGAUGUUCAAUCCCCCACGCUGGACGACUGGCUGUCCUCUCUGGCUACUCAAGCGCUAGACAGUCUACGCUCCAUUCCCCCGACGUCUGGCACUCGCUGCACGCAGCCACUGGUGAUGGUGAUGGCCUCUUCUGAGCUGCGCUACACGCCUCAACCAGCACAAUCUCAAUCACAGUCACCACCGUCUGGGCAUACGCCGCAUGGAGAGGACAAGGGUGGUUUUCAUGAUGCCGUCGCCGCGCCGUCGGUCGAGAUCACGCGUGCUCGCUCCUUCGUCCUGGACCGACUCUCCUGUUUCGAGCGCAACUUGCCGCAGAAGCCAAUCGCGAAUGCCCUCCAGUUAGUGCGUGAGGUCUGGUCGCGAUUAGAUGAUGGUGAGGAUGUCUCGUGGAUCGAUGUCAUGCUAGAUUGUCAUCUGGAGACAGUUUUCGGGUGA